UCCCUCUGCUUGCGUCACGAAAAUUUACAAACAAGCAAAAUGGCAGAGAGUACAGAUGCCCCACGUCAAAUUUCUCGCCAAGAAUUGGACGACAAAGAAAAUAUAAUGAAUUAUGAACCAGAUUGUAAGAAGCCAAGACUGUCUUCACACAGUUCUUUGAAGAAUUUUAACCUUGAAGAUCGUCUGAGUGGAAUUUUAUGCUGCGCAGUUUGCCUCGACUUGCCCAGAACAUGUUAUCAGUGUAUAAAUGGACACUUGAUGUGCUCUGGCUGUUUUAAUCAUCUGUUAGCUGAUGCUAGAUUAAAAGAUGAAACAGCAACAUGUCCAAACUGUCGAUGUGAAAUCAGUAAAAAUUCCUGCACAAGAAACUUGGCUGUUGAGAAUGCUGCAUCCGAACUUCCUUUAGAAUGCAAGUACUGCAGUCAGAGUCUGGCCAGAAACAAAUUAGAAUAUCACCAGAGGGAACUCUGUCAAGAACGGCCAUCCAUAUGUAAGUUCUCAAGAAUUGGUUGUCCAUGGCGUGGUCCAUUCCAUGAAGUAUGGGAGCACGAGCAGGCAUGUAAACAUCCACUAAAGACAGGUGCUGAGAUAAUGGAUUCCAUGAAAGCUAUUGACAUGAAACAACAGGAAGAAAAGAAAAUAUACAACUCUAUAUUUAGUCUUCUGUCACUAGAGAAAAUAACAUUUAAUGAUUUGCAGUUAAAGCCAUAUCGUACUGAUGACUUCAUAGCCAAGCUGUUCUACGAAACAAGUCGAUUUUCUGCAUUUAAUCAUCAGUGGGUUAUCAAGGCCAGGGCCAAUCAAGACCAAAAAUAUCCGACACAAACUUGUCUUCGUUCUCUAACCUAUCAACUCAUCCUUAAAACUAAAAUAACUAAUCCCCUCAGGUUACACUUCCUCGUAUUAAAGGGUCCACAUAGCGAAACUAAAGUUACACCCCAAAUACACGAACACGAGUUCUCCACAGAAAACACAGAUUCAGAAAGUAAAGAAUUCCCGUUAGUCGAUGCGAAUGAGUGUAAUAAAAUGUUAGCUGGUAAAACUAUAAACUUUAGAGUAAUAUUAUUUCAAGUAAACCAAUAAUUCCUUUAGAUAUAAUGUAAAAAAUUAUUCUCACUUUGCCGGCAUAAUGCAUUUAUAUUGAUUUUAGAUAUGGUGACUAAUAAUUGGUUCAAUAAUACAACCUCCAUUGCACAGACUUGUAGGAAAUUGGUUUUUUUACUACCAGCACAACUAUAAUUUUGAUGGUUGCAAUGCAUUUUAUGUAGUAGAAAAGGAAAAUUGAAAUCAUUUGGAAUUGGAUUUCAAUUUGAAGUCAUUUGGAAUUGAAUAUUAACUUGAAAUCCUUUGGAAUUGGAUUUUAACUUGAAAUCAAUCGGAAGUGGAUUGUAACUUGAAAUCACUUGGAAUUGGAUUGUAACUUGAAAUCACUUGGAAUUGGAUUGUAACUUGAAAUAUUUGGAAUUGGUAUAAGGCUGAGGAAUGUCUUCAAAAGCCCAUUUGGCAUUUUUGUGUAGUUCAAUCAUUGGCUAAAUACCUUUUUGGUUGAAUUCUUUAGUUAUGAGAAAUUGAACCCAGAAUAAGUUUUACUGUAUGAUGAAACUGGUUGUAUUAUUGUUACUGAUCUGACAUGAGUUUCUAGAUAAUUCACCAUGCUUCCUAGCGUAAAACCAAGAUAUCACUAUUCUCAGUAAGUUCUUCUAUUCUGAUGCUCACUAGGCUAUUUUUCUUUUACACUAAAUAAGAUGCUUAGUAGAUUACAAUCUAAUUGAUAAUAGUGUGAAAUCCUAGGCUUCCUUAUUUUUAUGCGAUUGUCACCGAUUGUUAUUUUUAUGCGAUUGUCACCGAUUGUUAUUUUUAUAGUAUCAACCACUCAAGUUUUUGUUAUAGAGUUGUGAUACAAGUUUUAUACUAUAUUUAUAUUGUUAAUAUAUGGAAUUGAGGAUUUUGCCAAAGUUCUUUUAAUCAUGUUUUAAUGCAUCCUUACCUUAAGGAUGACAGAAGUGUUUGUAUUUUGAGGAAGUAGAGAUGGGUAGGAAGUUGAAACUAGAGGGUUACCAUUGUUAUCAAAGCACAGUGCAGAUGAAAGUUAGUUUCUCUCUAUGAAAUGGCCUCCUGGUCCAAGUUAAGGGGGCUUAUUGCAACUGAAAGCAACUGGCGUUUCGGCAACUGGGAGCAACUGGAAGCAACUAGUUGCAGUCAGUUGCACAUGUUCAACUCUCUGCAACUUGCUCCAACUAGCAGCAACUAGUUGCAGUCAACAUGAGCAUUCUUGCAACUGGAGUCAACUCAUUUCCACGGAAAUAACAUCACUUGAUAAGAGACGUGUCAUGUGACUUUAUAAAUAAGCAAAUGUUGAUGAUGUCGACAAUAAUCUAAUAGAAUUGUAGCAAGAUUGACCUUGCCUUUGGGUUGCUUCUUCUAAGUUAUUCGCCAUUUUGUUGAUCACAUGAUGAAUAAAUUAACAGUCACAUGUUAAGUGUGAUCGCUAUCAGUUGCGAGACGACAUAAGCACUCCGAAUUCAGUUGCACCCAGUUGUCCUCAGUUGCUGAUGUGAUCGACAUAAGCACUCUUGCAACUGACUGCAAUUAGUUGCUUUGGGUUGCAAAGUCGACAUAAGCCCUGUUUAAGAAUCAUGCCAUUAUCCGAUAAUUAUUGAGAGUGACAAAGUGUUCAAUAGUUCUGCUAGUGCAGUAAGUGCACUGGGCAGAUUGGUGUAAAUGUUAUGUUCAGAUCCAAGUAAAAUGUACACCAGUUCUGAGUUCAUGAGAAAUAAAAUUGCUUUGAAAAAUUGCUUUGUAUGGACAUCAGAGGGUUAAUUUCGGUACGAUUGACGAUUGAUAGUUAGGAUUAUGAAUUGUUAGUGGAUAAUUUGUCGUUUUAUGAUAAAUUUUAUUGAUUGUUUUUGUUAAAAAAGCUAAAUAAAACAUGUUAUACAUGUUGAUAAUCACUGUACAGUAUUGCAAAUAGGGGAAGAAAUUCCUUAAAUCUUGCCGUUUCAACGCUUACGAAAUUUUGGAAGCAAUCUCCUUAGUUUCUGUUACUAUUGGACUUAUUUAGGGUGUUGUCUAUGGGCUGACAGAAAGUCGUCUGAGCUAUAUGCAUUAUUAUAGCUGUUUCUAAAAGAAUUGAGGUCAGGUGGAAAUGUUAGAGAAUAAUGUUUAAUUUAUAUUGAAGAUUAUCAGGAAUUUAUUUUACAUUAGUAGUUUGUAGUUAAUGUAGUUAUAGAAUAUACAAAUCAAUUAUGUCUUUAAAAAGUUGUAGCUUGAAUCUGGUACUUUUUAAUGUUUAAUGAAAAGAAAAAAAUCAAGAGCAGUUAUCUCAACAAAACAUUUCAAGAUUUAAUAUGAAAUACUCUAUGAUGUAACUUGUAGUCAAUGGUUUAGUGUAGCCUCUUAUUAUAUGCAUUUGAUAGUAUAGUCAUAGUCAUCUUCAAUAGAAGGCUUGAUCUCGCUUUAACUACGUACAUCUUAUCAAGGCCUUCACGUAAUACCCUGCAUAUUUUGGCACUAAUUUCGAUUUGGUACAAGCCCAGCUUGUGAGCCUAUCAGAUUCCUCGUUGUGAAUACCAAGUCUUGCGCUUUCAAGCUAAAAUGUCUGUGAUAAUCGAGUUGCAAAGUUCAAGGUUCAUUCAAUGUCAAGGUUUCCGUGGAGGUCGCGAUGUCUCAACCUCUGAUUGAACGCUACUGCCCAUGUGUCUGUAGAUAACACAGCUAUAAGUUCUGGAAUUGUGAAGUAAACAAGCAACGUCCAGAUGUUGUAAAACUCGCAGUCGUUGCUUCAGGAACAUGAAUAUUAUGUAUCAUUUAAUUCAGUCCGUGGACUGAAAUACUUACUAACAUGAUUAUUAUCCUUGAUUAUCACUAAAGGUUCAAACAAGAAAUUUGGAUGCAUUAUGACUAAGAUUUAUUGGUAGAAUUAAAUCUGGUCACUCAUUAAACUUUUAAUAAAACAAGAGGGAGUACCAGUAGAAAGCAAGUGGAAAGUAUAACAUAAAAGAAAUAUACUGUAUAUUAUUAAAAUUUACCUCUUAGAUAACGAAAAUAUCCGGCAUCUACAAUAUAGCUCGGGCAUUAUCUCUUUUUAAGUUUGUCAUAUUUAAGGAUAUUGUUUUAAAUUAUUAGUAAUGUAUGAAUUUAUAUACAAAUUAACAUUUUAAUAUUUGUACAAUUUAGGAGGAAAAAGGCUAUUUUCUUUUCACUAAUUUAUAUAUUGUAACUAAGCUUAUAUUUUGAAUAAUUUAUUUAUGAUUGUAGAUUUUAAUUGAUCAGUAUCCACGAGUAUUGUAAUUUUAUUGUAAUUAUUAAUAUAUUUUAUUAAAUUAUAUUAAAUUAUUAUGCUUGUAUUGUAGAUACAGUAAAAAAAUUUAAGAAGCACAUUGGUCUUCUUCCUGGGAAAAGAGCUACAUUUAUUCUGCCUAAAAUUUGUACCUGAAAUUCAGUAUGGAAAGCAACUUUGUUGACCAUUUAAUUUAACUUUUUUAAUGACUUAAUUUUGAAUUUACAUGAAAUUUUAAUCAAUUUUUCAAAUUUAUAUAAAAUUAAAGACCAAAAAUAUUUGGAAUUUUUCUGAAUACAAAUCUGAAUGGGUAGAAAUUUUAAUCAAUUUUACAAAUUGAUAUAAAAUUAAAAACAAUUUUUUUUUUUCGGAACACAAAUCAGAAUGGGUAGAAACUUGUAGAUGUUUUUCCAGGAAGGUAACAAUGACUGUUUAUCAGAAUUAUACUGUAUGUUAAAAGAGUGUAGAUCACUAUACAGCCACCCAUGGAGAAACAGUAAUUUUGUAUAUAUUUACAUUUAAACUUCUAGGAUAAAGAAAAAAUGUUCAUUAAAAUAUUAAAUUUA